UGUCACUCAAAGAGCGACAGACACGCCCACGCGCACACGGAGCAGACAGAAAAAAACAACAACGAGAAGACAAGAGGAGACAUGGCGACAGCAAACGAAAAUUCGGUUGUUUCGUUACGCAGUAAUCCUUUCUCGAGGCGUUCGGUGGAGGAAAAAAAAAGAAUAAAGGAGCUUGGACCGGAGCAGCCUGAUAUACAAAUCCAGCAGCAGGCAAGUGACAGGGGAAGGAGUUACACUAGAGGCUUCUCUCGUUUGUGUUACACCAAACACAGUUGGCUAGCUGGAUGUGGAGUUAGCAAUGCUCUCUAUUGCUUUCCAUGCUUGCUUUUUCAAAGUGUUGGCAGUGGCACUGAAGCUCUGUGGACAACAACUGGGGUCAGAGACCUGAAACAUCUCUCUGAAAAAUGCAAACGGCAUGAAAGUAGCCGUAGCCACCUUGACAACAGCAUGAAGCUACAGUUUUUUGGCCGAGUUAGCAUUGCUGAACAAUUAGAUGAGGGCUACAGAGUUGGCAUUAGAAGGCACAAUGAAGAGGUGACAAAAAAUCGUCACAUACUGUCCAGGAUAAUAGACUGUGUGAAAUUUUGUGGGGCCUUUGAAUUGGCUUUACGUGGCCAUGAUGAGAGUGAGAGCUCUGUCAACCCCGGGAUAUUUCGUGGGCUGGUGGAUUUUGUUGCCUCUCUGGAUGGAGCUUUGAAAGAGCACCUUGAGACUGCCACUGUUUUUAAGGGUACUUCAAAAACUGUCCAAAAUGAGCUCCUGGAUUGUAUGUUGUCUGUUGCAAGGGAGCAAAUAAUUAAAGAAGCUCAAAAGAGUGUUUUUGUAUCAAUCCAGGCAGAUGAGACAACAGAUAUUUCAACACAGACCCAACUUGUGCUUGUACUACGCUACAUUGAUGACAAACACAGUGUGCAGGAAAGAUUUUUUGAGUUCAUUCCUCUGCAGUCAUCUACUUCUGAGUCCAUUGCUACUGCAUUAAAAGAGCGUCUUGCUGCCAUCAUUCCUGAGGAUCAGAAAAGCAAGCUAAUCUGCCAGGCAUAUGAUGGAGCCAGUGUGAUGAGGGGUGCCAAUGCAGGUGUUCAGAGGAAAAUCAAAGAUGAGUACCCAAAUGCCCACUAUAUCCACUGCUAUGCACACCAACUCAACCUGAUCAUGCAACAGGCCACCUCUCACAUUUCCAAGGUGCGAAUUUUUUUUUCUGACCUGGGUGGAUUUGCCAGCUUUUUUUCCAGAUCACCCAAGCGUACAGCUGUUCUUGCUAAAAUGGUGGCCCAUAGACUGCCAACAUCCAGCAAUGUCAGAUGGAACUUUCACAGCCGAGCUGUCAACACUGUGUUUGAGCACAGACAGGAUCUCAUUCAGUGUUUUGAGAACAUACGCGACUCGGGUGACUUUGACCCCAAAACCAUGAGAGAGGCAGGAGGCAUGGCCAUGCUGCUGGAACAUCAGGAUUUUAAGUUCUUUCUGGAACUUUUUCACCACAUCAUGCCACAUGUGGACCUCCUCUAUGCCAAGCUCCAGAAGAAGAACAUAGAUGCAGUCCACAUCAAAGGGAGCAUCCAGCAGUUUGAACAGGACAUACAAAUCAUCAGGUAAUAAGUAUUCCUAUCAGUAAUAUGAUCAUCACAUUUUUCAACAUUAUCUCUUUUCCCCUUUUUGAUUAUUAUUAUGACUUCUCACACAGAAAUUCUCGCCAUUCCAUGGGUGAGCAAAGCAGUGGUUCUCUGACAGCAAAGAGGCGUCGGGUACUCAGUUCAGAGGAUCGUCAAAAUGUUGCAGAAGAGAUCUGCAACACCAUUCUGGGACACACCAGGGAGCGCUUCUCCUUCACCGACCAUCUUGUCUGUGCAACCUUGCUGCAGGGGGACAGGUUUGAGGACCAUCAGGGGGCAUUUCCUGAAGAGACACUACAAAGCACGCUGAAGGCCUACAAAAUGCUGAAUGGAAGCAAACUGAAGACAGAGCUCAGUCUCAUCUACAGCAAAGUAGAGUUCAGAGCCUGUUGUGGUGCAGUGGACCUGUUCCAGCUGUUCAUGGAAAACAAUCUUGAAGAUGUCUUUUCAGAAACUGUCACUCUCUUAAAGAUCCUCAUCACCACACCCAUGACCACAGCUGAAGCAGAGAGGUGCUUCUCAACCUUGAAAAGAGUGAAAACCUUCCUCAGAAACACCAUGACCCAGGAGAGGCUGAAUGCACUGGCCAUGCUCUCCAUGGAAAAGAGACUUGUUUGUGAAAUGACAGAUUUCAAUCAGAAAGUCAUUGAAAAAUUUGCUGGCCUGAAGGAGAGGAGAGCAAAAUUUAUGUUCAAGUAGUUUAUUGUUGUGUUGUAAUCCCCGCCCGCCAGUGCGCCCCCCCAGAUUUUUUUAGCACCAGCCGCCACU